GAGAAUAUGCGUAUCUUCAGAGUCGUCGUCACCAUUCAAACGAGGCCCUUUGGAAUCAAUACUCACACUUUUGUUUCCUCUUCUUCUUCCUCCCUAGAACCGAAAGAGUUAUCGUCUUCUGUCCGAAAGAAUGCUGUCUGCCAUGGCGGUUCCGAUUAACGGGUUUUCUUUAAACCUUCAGAAACCAAACCUUAUUGCUGUCUUGAGGAGCAGAGUUUUGUAUAGUGCUGCAGAAAGCUUAUCGUUCUCGCGUCUCGUCAAGUCUUCUUCUUACAGGAUCAGAGUAAGAAGCUUUCAGAAAGAAAAUGUAGGAAAGAAUGAGUCUGAAGAUAGUGAAGAUCGUAAGAGCCAAGGCACAAGAAUUUCUGAAAAGAAGAGAGUCUCAUUCAUAGCAAAGUUAGGGAUUGGGUUAGGAUUGGCUCUGACUAUUACAGUAAUUUGUGUAACCUUGAAAGGAUCUGCUACUGCUAGUGGUGGUUCACCUUUUGAGGUUAAGAGUCUAGCCAAAGCUUCAUCAUCUUCAGUUGGUUUUACAUUCAAUGCGUUUGGAAACAGAUUCGUAAUUCCAGCAAAUGCACCCGGGUGGGUUUACUUUUGGUUGCUAAUGGCGGCUGGAUUCGGGCUUUUUAUUAGCGAAGAGGCGCUAAAUAUUUGGGUUGGGAUAACAUUGGCUCGAAUGUUAACUCUGGAUGGGACGUGGCAAUCUUUUGCUGAGUCUUUCUCUCGGAAUGCUCCUUAUAUAUUGUCUACUGUGUCUUGGGUUUACUGGGGAGUUUGUAUAAGCGACAUGAUACCCUUUUACCUAGGGAAGCUCUUCAGACAAAGUGGAGCAUCAGAUGAUGUUUGUUCAAAGCUGGGCAUAGGUAAAGAGAAAGCGCUGAGCAUUACCCAGGCCGUCCAAAAAUAUGGAAACCUCUCGGGUUUCGUGGAAAGAUUUUCGCUGGGUGUGAGGAAUCCUACAGCAUUCUUUGCCGGAGCACUUGGAAUAUCUCCAGAAUGUUUCUUUGCAGGAGUUUGCUGCGGUGGUUUGAUUACUCUUCCAGUUCAGCUUGUGAUUGGAUUUCUUCUUCGAGAACGCCCUAUGUUUGCUGUUGCUACUGUAGCAACUGUUGUGUUCCAAUUUUACGUGCAGGGAAUAUGGACAAUCUUCCCUUACAUGGUCGCUGCUGCCACGGCUUUGUACCUCUACAUUCGCAGGCGCUAGCUACUCACCUAAGACUUAGUUAAAGUAUUAAUGCAUAGAAAGAAAGAUGUAAGAUCUCAUCAACAGUGCAUAUACACUACUACUCAGCAAGCCAAAACGUAUGUAUGGGUUAUAAUACCCUUCUAGUGUAGUAAUAUCUUCAAACAAGAUUCACUUAAAACUAACUUGUUCCCAGAACAAACUGUUGUCUUUCUAAAUCAAUAUACAAAUA